GGGCUCUCGCGGUCUUUGCUUUCCUCGGCAAACAAUGUGUAGCACGCUAUCGUACGGAUUGCUUCGCUUACUCACAUCUUUAAUUCUUAAUUAACUAUCAUUAUCAUAAUCAUAGUCAUUAUUAUUAUUUUAUUAAUAAUAAUAAUUAUUUUUUUUAAUUUGAUUGUUUGAUUUUAUUUUCUGUUUUGUUUUUUUUUUUUUUUUUUAUUUUUAUUUUUGCUCCUGCACGAUUUGUUUAAAUUGAAUAAAGUGUGUUUAAGCUUUAAAAAGUGGGUUUAAUUUAACGAAUGUAGUUUGUUAGUUAGUGUAUGCUGCACGCGUGGAUAAAAUACCUUUAAAGUUUGUGUAGGUGCUAAUUAGCGGGGGUGUGUUAAGAGAGAGUGUGAAUGAUAAAUGGAGACGCGAGUGUGCGCUACCGGUAGCACGGUAUCCGGUGGAACGUCAGCGGAAACGGCGUCGAGAGGCGUCGCGACGCCCUCGCCCUCACCUGUGCCCUCGCUCCCAGCCUCCUCCGGGACCGCGAGUAUCGGUAUCACCGCCUCCGCGGUUCUAACUUCCGCGGGUUCUAUGCAAAGCUCAUCGAGUCCAGUGGUGUUACCAAGCCCGCCUGUUGUCUCUACCCACGCCAGUCUGCCCAAAAUACUCAGCAGAAAUGUCAACGGAACACUUGUCCAGACAUCUGUACCGCAAAACGAAGCCGAACUACAACUUUAUCGUGUUAUGCAACGUGCUUCUCUUUUAGGAUAUUAUGAUACGCUUUUAGAAAUGGGUGGUGACGAUGUACAACAACUUUGUGACGCUGGUGAAGAAGAGUUUCUAGAAAUAAUGGCAUUAGUCGGUAUGGCGAGUAAACCUCUGCACGUUAGAAGACUGCAAAAAGCUUUACAAGAAUGGAUAACAAACCCUUCGUUAUUUCAAACACCAGUAGUACCGUCUAACACGGCACCCACGAAGAGCGGUAGUUCGACAGGCGUACCGAUACCCGCGGCGAGCCCACGAACUCAUCAAACAAAUUCCUCAAUAUUUCCGCUGGCUCAAACAAGCCCGACAACACCGUUCUCCUCGACGACCCACGUGCCUCUUACACCGUUGCCUUGCAGAAGUGUUAGUCCUGUUACGCCGGUAACAACUGUUAUUGCACCUGCUGCCUCUACAUUUCGACACAGCCCGAGUCCCAAUACGCCGAUCGCUUACACGGGUUCUCACAGUCCCGGAGUGCUUCAAGUCGGAACCUGCGAGUCAUCCUGCGGAAGCGGUACAACACCCAGCCCGAGUGGUGGUGGAGGAGCACCACCUAGUCCCACACAAGUAACGCCGACGUUAUUGCCAUCGCAGGUACAGCGACUCGCGGAUGCAGCCGAAAGACUCGCCUGUAACUUGAGACCGUUGGACCCGAAACCUCACAAUGUUAAGAAAAAAAUUUGCAAAAAUCUCGAGCAGAUAGUUAUGGCGAUGCCGGAGAACGAUCCCAGGAGGAUGGAAGAGAUAAGAAAGUACGCGGCUAUUUAUGGACGGUUUGAUUGCAAAAGAAAACCCGAAAAACCGCUGACACUCCACGAGGUGUCUGUAAAUGAAGCUGCUGCGCAAAUUUGCCGGUUUGUUCCAGCUCUCCUGACCAGACGGGACGAAUUGUUUCCUCUGGCUCGACGUGUCGUUCGUGAUUCCGGAUACCACUACUCCAAAAGUCAAUUCCUAAUGACAAGACGCAGCGAAAAUGGGGACGAAGAGACUGAGAAAAUUAAGCGCCAGCAUCUCGACGCAGAUGCUGAGGGUGAGGACACAUCCCAGGCCGAGUUGGAUUUACGCUGUACCGGGACGGAUAUCAACAGUACUUUAAGACGACAUGCCUCCUCAAGUCCAGUUUGGAGGAAGAAGAGUAACAACGGUGUGUUUAUGACCAAUAUCGAAGAAGUCAGCGACACUGAUAGCCAAUUUUCAUUUUCUAAUGACGAAUCUUUGCAUGAUAUCAACGAAUUGGACACCGACAAUACGGAUAAAGAAAGUGAUUUUAAUUUAAAAGUAAUUGCUUCUCGGGGAGAUAACAUUAUUGCUGUAGCGAACCCAGCGCUGAUGGAAUGCAACCAUCCUACAAUAAAAAAAGAGCCUGAGGACGAGAAGUCAACAUUGUGAUACUAGAAAUAAAAUUCUUUAUCAUUUGAAAUUAUUAUUUCUCUAUUGACUAGCUAUAAAACAAUCAAAAUUAAAUAUUUUUUUCAAUACAACUGUUGUAAUUAUAAUGUGGUGGUUGUGGGUGAUUGCCAUGUGCGCGUUCACGUUAAUAAUUGCCCUCACCGUGGCCAUCAUCGAGUUUUUUCUUCUAAAACGUCCUCUAUCCCAUUUAAUGUAAAUUUUGACUUAGUUUUAUUAAAAUAAUGGAUUUUUUUUGUUUUUAUUGAAAUUGAUAAUAAUGUAGGGCCAAGCAAUAUGUAAAUAAACUAAAAAUUGUUUUUGUUUAUCCAUUGUCAUUAUUAAUUAAUUAUUAAGAGUAUCUUUUGAUUAUCAUUGAAGAGAAGUCUUCCAAAGCAUUAAUUUUUGUUUGCCAUUUUUCGAAAUAGAUUUAA